AUAAUCACAGAUCUUGGGUACAUUAACGUUUUUAAAAAUAUAUACUCUCACAAAACUAUCACCACCAAGUCUAAAAGUAGUACUUUAGUAGAAGUUCUAUAUAAUUAUUUAUAUUUAAUCAACACUAUAAUACAAUUAAAUAUCUAAAUGGCAAGCAAUCCCUAUGUUAAAUCUCUAAUCUGGUUAGUUUGUUCAGGCGGAGUUGGCUACGGACUUAUGUUGCUUACCGAACCAUCUGAGGAAAAACGAGAACGCAUAAAAGCCACAGGAGGUCCAGCAUAUCUAACAAACGAAGAACUUAAAAAGUUGCAAUUUAUGCAACGUAUGCGGGAGGCUGCUACAGGUGAAGCACCGCCAAUUUAUAUGCAGAAAAAAGAAAAGUAAAUACAAAAGCAACACCAAUUUAUAAGUAAUUCAACGUCAACACAUAAAGCAAGAUGAGUUCGAAUUUACAAAACAGCACAUUGAAUAGUGGCGAGAAUGCCGAUUCUAAAAAGGAAAAUAUAUUGGAGCGUUUAAACAAGCGGAAUAAAGAACGACAAAAUUAUUUAGACGUCAAAAUAGAGCAACGUAACAAGGAAAAUGUCGAAUUAGAAGGUACUGAUUAUUUUGCACAAACAUUUACGGAACGUGCACGAGCAAUAGAAGAACAAAUACAAAAUAUAUCGCAUAUAUCCAAUACUAAGGAGAAAACAAGUUCCAACAACACCAAUAAUGCAGAU